AUGGAGCGUCAUUUGGCGGCUGUUCCCCGGUCAAGUAUUCUUUGCAAAAAUAAUUGUGGAUACUAUGGCAAUCCUUCUUGGGACAACUACUGUUCUAGGUGCUACCGAGAAGCCCUCCGAAAAACGCAGAGGACCCAAUCGGCAUCACAUUCGUUGUCGAGAGCUUCAUCUCGAGCAUUUUCGAAUUUCGAAGCUAAACGGAAUAAGGUUGCCAGGAAGAGUUCCAGUACCGUAAGAAAUAUUCUAAAGAUUGUAAAAGAUCAAUAUGAACCUGGAUCCCGCGUUCACGAGGAAUCUGUCCAAGCCAGGGAGGAAUUCUUUAAACUUUUAAAAACAUGGCGUUCGGCACCGGCGAAUGAUGUAUCGAGACAAAUUACUAAACUUUUAAAGGAUAUCAAUGAAGCAGAUUCCGCUGACAUCAUCAAAUUUUCCAAUUCUAUUAAGGAUUUUUACAACCAUAUUGCUCAUCGUAUUUACGAUAGUAGUUUGUACCAAGACGCCUCUACCGAACAGAAGGAGAAUCUCAUUAACGCAAUCGAACGUUUUCUGUCGGUGUGGAUAUACCCCUGGGCCUUCACCCCAGCAAAUACUGAUGACGAGGAGGUUGACUUGAAGCUUCAGGAUCGGAUUCGAUCACUACAUUGGGUUUCACACAAGCAUCUGGAUGCCCCCAUCGAUCCCACGUCCCCAGAGCAAUCGCGUCAUCUCGAGUCGGCCAUUCUCCAUUUGAUCCGACAAAAUGAGGUCCAAGCUACCGAGGCAAAGCUUGAUCAGAUUGUCGAUUGCUGCCGCGAAGUCUUCAAAGCCCUGCGGCUGAAUACGGAGGCCGCAGUGUCAAAGUCGACAUCGACUGCCAGUAAUCCAGCGAAUGCCGACUCCUUCCUGCCCGUCCUUAUUUGGGUUGUGCUACGCGCAAAUCCACCGCUUCUUCAUUCCAAUCUUCAAUUUAUUAUGCGUUUCGCAAGUGAUACACGGCUGAAUACCGGGGAAGCCGCUUAUUGCUUCACAAACUUGUGCUGUGCCGUGGAGUUCAUUAAGAACCUCACCUACACCAAUCUGGGCUUGACAAAAGAGGAAUACGAGACGCAGAUGCGGGAGGGUGUUUCCGUCACACUCUGUCCCGUUGACAUUCCCGACGCGCUCUCGCAAAGCGAACGACGCUACAGUGCAAUCAGCCAAAAGUAA